CGUAGCUGGUUGGUCAUCCUAUUGGCAUAUCCCCGGCUGUCACCAGGUCAGCUGUGGGUCUAUUCGAGGAAAGGAAGUUUUAAUCCCCUGGGACCAUCGACAGCAUGGCAGACGUUCAGGGUACCAUUUUUCCUGCUGAAGACUUUGAUGCUGAAGUCGAUGCGGAGACGCUAUAUGAAGCCAUGAAAGGAUGGGGCACAGAUGAAGACCCCAUUAUUGAUGUGCUGGCGAACAGGAGUAACGAACAGAGACUGGAGAUCCGGGAAAAGUUCAAGCAGAUGUAUGGGGAGCGUCUAAUAGAUCGAUUGAAGAGCGAGCUAAAAGGCGACUUCGAGGAGGUAGUGGUAGCACUACUAACGCCACCUGCCGAGUACCUGGCGCGUUGCAUCAAGGGUGCCAUGAAGGGGAUGGGGACAGAUGAGCAGGCUCUCAUCGAAAUCAUGUGCACCAAAGAUAACCAGGAAAUGGAGGAGCUAAAAUCGACCUAUGCAGAGGUGUUUGAUGGCGACAGCCUUGAGGAUGACAUCGAAGGCGAAACCAGCGGGCAUUUCAAACGGCUGUUGGUCUCUCUGUGCAACGCUGGCCGAGAGGAAGGAGACGAAAAUGACGUAGACGAAGGUUUAGCCGAGGAGGAUGCCACUGAGAUAUAUGACGCGGGGGAAGGCCAGCGUGGGACGGAUGAGUCCAAGUUCAACUCUGUCCUGGCCCUGAGAAGCUUCCCUCACCUUCGUGUUAUGUUCGACAAGUAUCUCGAGCUUUCAGGGAACUCCAUAGACAACAUGAUAGACGAAGAGUGCGAUGGAGCAAUCAAAGACGGAUAUAUGGCUAUUGUUUACUGUGUGCGAAACAUUCCCGGGUUCUUCGCCAAGCGGAUAAACGACGCGUGCAAAGGGAUCGGCACGGACGACUCCACUCUGAUCCGCUGUGUGGUCUCCAGAUCAGAGAUCGAUCUUCAGCAGGUUAAGGAGGUAUUUGAGACGCGGUACGGCCGGCCGCUGUCUGAGGCCAUCAAGGAUGAGUGUGGCGGAGACUACAAGAACAUGCUACUCGCCAUCGUGAAGGACGCUUCCGUCAACCCCUUUCCGGACUUCGACGCUGAGGAGGAUGCCAAGAUUUUGCGUAAGGCGAUGAAAGGCUUCGGCACGGACGAGGACGCCAUCAUAGAGAUCCUGUGUCAUCGCUCGAACGACCAGAGGCAGGAGAUAGACACCAUGUUCAAACAGGCGUAUGGCAAGGACCUGAUAGACGAGCUGAAGAGCGAGCUCGGUGGGAACUUUGAGAAAGCGAUCCUAGCGAUGAUGCAGAAACCUGCAGUGUAUGACGCCACCUGCCUGAGGAAGGCCAUGAAGGGCGCGGGGACGGACGAGGCCACUCUCAUUGAGAUCAUGUGUACCAGGAAAAAUGAUGAGUUGACGGCAAUAAAGGAGGCGUACAACGCAGAGUUUGACCGUGACCUUGAGGAGGACUUGAAGAGCGAGACAAGCGGACACUUCGAGCGGCUGUUGGUGUCUAUGUGUCAGGCUAACCGUGAUGAGUCAUACGAAGUUGAUGAGGAGGAAGCUGAAAGUGACGCACAGGAGCUCUUUGACGCCGGGGAGGGAAAGUUCGGCACCGACGAGUCCACCUUCAACAUGAUCCUGGCGCUGAGGAACUUCAACCAGCUCAGGGCCAUAUUCAGGGCGUAUGAGAGGAUUGCCGGCACAGACAUCCUGGACAGCAUCAAGGGCGAGUGUACCGGGAGCCUGGAGGAUGGAUACCUCACCAUCGCCAAGGGUGCCAUGGAUACGCCCGCGCUGUUCGCAGAGCGCCUGUACAAAUCCAUGAAAGGCUUGGGGACAGACGAUAAAACACUCAUCCGGAUAGUAGUAACAAGAAGUGAGAUUGACAUGGAAUACAUCAAGGCGAAGUACGAGGAGAUGUACGAGAAGCCCCUGGCAGACGCCAUCGCUGACGACUGUGGAGGCGAUUACAAGAAGUGCCUCAUCUCCCUGCUCGGCUAAGCCACAGUCAAACACACGCUACAAAUCGUGGCGGACUGCAGUUCUCGCUAUUACGUUGCUGUUAUUAAUUUCAAUGCAGUAUAACAUCAAAGUGUACCGCCUUUCACAUUGGGUGAAAUGCCAAUAUUGGUUGCGUUUAACCUGAUUGCGGGCAAAAGAACGAGUUGUACUAAUAAUCGUAUUUAAUCAAGGUUUUCUGGCUUACACCACUGACUAGUGAAAAGCUCUCCUUGUUAUCUGGGCUAUUUUGUAAAGAGAUAGGAGCUAUUCACCAAUGAAUUAUAAAUGAAGUAUGAUUACAUUCGUUCAAUUUACAGCAUGUAUUCCAAUCAAGAGGCAAUGUAUUUGAAAGAUCACUCGAUAACAAUAUACAAUGGUACGCUGUGGUUGACUUCUCAAUUGUACAGUACUUUGGCCUAAGAUUAAAAUAAACAAGUUAA